GCCGAAGUCUAGGCUAGGAUUAAGUAGGUCAACCACCUUAAACCACUUUUUAGGAGUUUUUCUCCGAAAACGAUUUCGUUAUGGAUGGAAAGGACAGUUUGCUGACCAUACUUGUUGUUGGUUUGGUUGUUUUCAACGUGACAACAGUCACAGGUCAAGGAGUUACAAACAUCACCUUGACACCUGUGAACAAUGGUCAUCUGGGCUCAGAGUUGAUGGUGGACUGUGUGUUUACUUACACUGAUGUCUCCUCCAUAGUACGCAAGGUCCAUUUCUAUCGUAAAAGGCGAAAUGAACCCAACUUUUCAGAAAUCGCCAAUGCUGAUAGUCAAGCUAGUCCUGAUUACCGCUGGAAUGAUACCGCUCUGCAAAGUCGCUCUGACUUUAACAUGGUCAACAGAACUUUUUUUCGGAUCACUAUACGUGAUCUUGAAUGUAGAGACAAAGCAGAGUACAGAUGCAUGUACUUCGUUGGAAAUCGUGAAGGAGAGGUGUUUAUACCCAGUGGCGAGAAAGCUUUGGACAUUUCAGCCCCACCCAGUGUCCCUGAUGUCACGUACAGCCCGAGUGAGAUCGUGGAAAAUGAACCUGUGCAGUUCACUUGUACGGGAAAUGUUGGCCUUCCAGCUGGAAGUUUGCAGCUUUAUUUGGUAAAGUCAAAUGGACAGGAGAUUGAUAUGAAUGCUGACCAGGGCAUUGAAGAGGUGGUAGCAAACGGCUGUACUUUUGAGCGCAGAGCCACAGCAAACCAUAAUCUCACCUUUGAGGACGAUGCCAGGUCUAGAGUAGGAUGUCGUGUGUUGCAAACAUACGCCGAUGAAAAUCAGCAUUUCUCACUAACAGAAAAAUUGGCUGUUCAGUACUCUCCAAGAGACACGGUCAUGUAUCGAUCAGUGGAUAACAAGGAGAAACAGAAGAUAGGUGUGGGUCAGACAGUGGAGGUACCAGUACAGUCUAAUGUGGACCUGAGUUGUGAGACCAGGAGUAAUCCACCAGCUCUGUAUGAAUGGUCCUACAUGCUGAAAGGGACGAAUGACACUGUGACCGAGAGCCCCACCAGCUCAGGUCGGUUCCGUCUAGACUCCAUCUCCCUCCAAAAAAGUGGAGAGUACAGAUGCACUGUGACGAACAUCAUUCGAAAUGUCACCCAUAAGGACGAUGUCUACUUCAAACUGAAUGUUUCAAGUAUCCCUACAAUUCCCCCAACUGAGCCCACGGCUGCCUCACCUUCUGGGGGGACAGAGCCUGGCAAGACGACGACAACAUCAAAAACAGGGGAAACCAAGGAAACAAGUCAGGCUGGAGUGAUAGGAGGAGCAGUUGGAGGUGCUCUGGCAGCAGUGAUCAUUAUUAUCAUCAUCAUCGUUUGUGUCGUAAAACGUAACAAGAACAACAAGGAACGUAUUGAAGAGCCUUCAGACAAGCCAAGGAAUAAUAUGGAUAUCCCAAAGGUUGUGGUGCACCCUCACAUGGUCUCAACACCUGACAAGUUUGACAAGUACAACAAGGCCUUCGAUAAGAAUGAAAAGGAAUUGGAAUAUGCUGACCUGAAGUUCGACGACACGCCCCGAAGCCGGAAACCUGUACAGAUAUUGUAUGAGCCGACAAACUAUGCCGAGGUGGCCUGGCCUAGGGUGUAGCUUCACUCUCGGCUCCCGAGACUUGGGACAGUGUGGGUCAUGGAACUGGCUGAAUCCAGUCCUAAAAGGCUUUGACUGUGAACUGAGAGUUUGGUACAGCCUUCAGUGCAGAUGUAUAUAGACCCUUGAGCUUGGAGUUUGUACAGCGUUGUGUAUAUAAACUGCUGUCAGAGUGAUCAUAGAAUGCAUCCUUAUACAGGGACUGACUCCUGGCAUCGUGUAGUGCCAAUGGGUGUAACUUGUAAAUAUGACAUGUGUGAGAAAGACUUGUGAUACAACACCGUGACGUUACACUUUCAGUUUGGCCAAAUCUCCAACAGAAAAAUUCUGUGAUUAGUCCAUCAUCUUAUUCAGGAAAGGCUUCAUAGAGGUCACUUCUCAUCCCUGGUUGGAAGUUGAAAAUAGACAUGCAGAAGUUGGCACGUUCGUCCGAAGGACCAGGAUGUGUUUUGUGUGUUAAAAUCAUAAUUAGUUGCUGAUUGUUUCAAUGAAUUUAUUCAAGUGAGUGUGGACAAAUUUACGCAAGCAGUGUGAGUUGGCAUUGCCUGGCCCAGAUUGGGCUGCCUCAAUGAAGUGCUACUGAAUGUACAGCAUAAAUAGAAUAACCUUACACAAUAGGGGCUGGGUGGAUCGAUGGGGAGCGCAUUAAGCAGCCUGGUGAGAAGGCACCACAGGGACAACUUCUAUAAACAUGUCCUUCAGUAGGAUUUUUUCUGUGAAACUGAAUAUACACAUAUUUAGGGUGAAAUUUUCAUGUGAAAUUUUGUCAUUACAUGGUACAUUUGAAUCAGCCUGUCCUGCCACAGACUCUAGAGUUUAUGUAACAGAUUAUGGCGGACCGCUCAUCAUUGAAAACGUACAGCUUGUAGUCGUGCCAAGAUUAAUUUGUGACUGCGAUAGAAAUUAAUAUUUUUAUACUGAUAGUUUUGUCAUAAAAAUUGUAAUGGCAUGAUUGCGCUUAGAUCUUUGUUGUAGAGGGAAGUUGUGGUUCUCAUUUUGUCACAACCGUCUUUUCCCCCAGUUUAUUGCACUGGGAACAAGAAAGUGUGGAUAUAUGUGGUAGCAAAAAGGUUUUUCCAGUUCUUCAAGUAAGCUAAAGAGUUGUUUCCCUUGAACAGAUUAUCAGUACCACUUGCUAAUGAUCUGCUAUUCAUGUACAUAUUUUUCCUUGAUGCAUCUACACAUUAAGACAUCCUACUCACAGUUAUGUUCAUAUAUUAUCAGCCAAAAAAGAAUGCUUGUAUGAAAAUGAAAAUAACCCAUUAAUUUUGAAAAUGUUUUUUCUGAGUUCAUAAACUUUCAAGCUCUUCAAGGCAAAAAAUCAUGGAAAGUCAUCCCUCAUUGAUAAUAAUUUGUUGAUAUGUGCAUUGUUAUGUUGAGCCUUGAGUGCGACAAAUGUCAACAGGAGCUACAUCUCCAUUCUGCUACAAACUGAUGUGUACAUAUGUUUGGGCAAGCAGAUUUCACAGGAAGCUGCUUUGGCUGCCGCUUCUGUAUUGGUGAAUCCAUUGCUGCAUUGGUCUAACCAGCAUUAUUUUGUUGUUACCUAAAUAGGUAUGUGAAUUUUUUUUUCUUUCUUUUUUUUGUA